UUCUGGGAGUAACCCCCGGGGAAAUCUUAACUGCAGUGAUCUUGUUCCUCGUAUAAAUUUACUCACAAGUUACAUGUAUGAACCAUUCUAGUGCAUCGUCGUUUUCUGGGAUGAUUAUCCCUUUGAAUGUUUUCCUUAGGAAUUAUUCCAGUGAAUUCUGGAGCCACUUUUGGCAUUUUGCGUACGGGAACUGCUACGUUUUCAAUGGAGGAACUACAGAAAGUAGAUUGGACACUAAGGUUUUGAAAUCAAGUGAGCCUGGUCCUUCAUAUGGAUUGAGUUUGGAGCUAAACAUCGAACAAGAGCAAUACAUUGGAGCUUUGACGCCAGAAGCAGGAGUCAGAAUUCACAUCUCAAACCAAGGAGAAAUGCCAUUUCCUCUUGACAAGGGCUUAAGCCUUGCACCAGGAUAUGCAACAUCGAUUGGAAUGCGAAAGGUUGGAACUAUUUUACAUUUACAGGUGUCCUCAAUUAGCAGCAAUACUGAACCUCAUCGACACGUAAACAAAGUUAUCAUUAUUAUAAUUGAAGUGUUUAUAAAUAACGUCGUGUUGUUUGUAUUCUGCAAGGUUCUCAUCGAAAGGAGGGAUCCGUUUUCAGAGAAUCUAUGCGUGAGUGAUUCUACAUCUGAUAAGUACAACAUAUAUCAGCAGAAGAUGAAAGUGAACUAUUCCACUACUGCAUGCAAGAAAUCUUGCUGGGCCUCAAAUCAACGCGAAUUUUGUGGAUGCAUGGAAUAUAAAUUUCCAAGGCUGGAAGAUACACCGGUCUGUAACAUUACGAAUAAGACAGUUGCUAAGUGCCUCAAGGGAGUCAAAAGUAAGUUCAAAGCUGGAACCUUGAACUGUUCCAAGUCAUGCCCACCGCCCUGCAGGGAAAUCACUCUUAAGCUUUCUACGUCCUAUUCCCUUUGGCCAACCAAAGCUUAUGAGGCGUUUUACAUGGCGGAGCUGAAGAAACGGACUAAAGAAGUGGAUGGUAGCGACAAUUUCAGGGCCAAUGUUCUCAAGGUGGACAUAUUUUUUGAAGAGCUGAAUUACGAGGUGAUUUCGGAAGAACCAUCGUAUGAGCUGGCAAAUUUUGUUUCUGAUCUUGGGGGAUCGCUGGGUCUGUGGAUAGGAAUGUCUGUGUUGUCAUUUGCAGAGCUUUUUGAGCUGCUUUUGCUCAUAUGUCUCAGUGUGGGAAGGAAACUGAAGAACGAAGGGAACACAAAGUCAUCUACUAUUCAUGUUGAAGAGUUUAAGUACAGCUCAUGAAUAUAGGUACCCCAAAUGUCUGUAAAUAUACCGACUCGUUAAAAGUUACCAUUUCUGCAUGGACAAAAACCGUAAUAAAAGUAAACACGCCCAAA